AUGAAGUUCUUCGCCGCCAUCAGCCUCGUCUCGGGCCUCUUCGCUACCGCCGCCUCGGCCAUUGACCUGCACCUCGAGUUUGCGGGCGGUUGCAGCACCAGCGGCGGCGGGUACAUCUGCCGAGGCUGGAACCCCAACACUUGCUGCAGCGUCAAUGCGGGUACCUAUUUCGCCAGUGGCUCGUUCCGGGCCAUCCCGCGCAACUGGAACAUCCAGGCGCGUGGCCACGCCGGGCCUAAUUGCGGCUCCAUCCGCGAGCAGCAGGACAGCGCCGGCCGCGACUAUGUCUGCCUAGGAAAUGGGCCCUUUGGCGGGCUGGGCUACGGUUUCAAUAACAGAAAGAUGAUCCGCGGUGCGACCCUAGACGCUCGCGAUGGCGAGGAGACUGAGGGUUGCGCCCAGCCCAACGUCCUGUACCUCGCCGACGGCACCCAGUACAACUACACCGCCAUUGUCGAGACUGGCCAGGCCACCGAGGAGCUUGUUUCGCUUGUCGAGGCCGGCGCAUCGGCCGACGACAUCCCUAGCUUUGAAACCUUUAAGCUCGACGAAAAGCUCGUUCUGUAA